ACUCCAAACAAAGCCCUAACCUGCUGUUGCCUGCCCCGUCCCCUUCCUAGACGGCGGCUUUGGAGUUGAGGGCGCUGCGGCAAGGGGGCUCCGGCGAGCUGGUAGGGCUUCGGGGUCAAGUGUUUCGUGAUGGCCGACAUCGCGUACAGCGCAUGCUGCGCCGGCGAGGUGGGGGCAUCACGCGUCCUCAACUGCGCCCACACUCGAUUGAACCCAGAAGCUUCUAUGUUCGAAUCAAACCGGGCAGACCAAUCCAAAAUCUCCACCAUGGACGGCCCACCUGCUGCAAACAUCGGACUCCACAGGGAUUCCGUGGAGGCAAGUUCCGAUGAUAGGUUUGCAGCUCUGAGUAGCAUUGGAGGGGAGUAUAUCGGCGAGGAUAAGCUCCGCCUCCUUCUGAAGAAGAAGAUUGCACCCGUUUGUUACGUUUGGUUUGAACCAUGUGACAUGAUGGACAUAGAGCAGGGUAUUAUGAAGACAAUCUAUGUCAACAAGAUCAUCCAAGCUGGCUGCACAGUUAAAAUAUUGAUGGCAGAUUGGUUUCUGCAGCAACAUGGCAUGAUUGGCAAUGACCUGGAUAAAAUACGGGACAUUGGCAACUACAAUAUUGAGAUGUGGAAAGCAACUGGUAUGAACCUUGACAGAGUAGAGCUCGUAUGGUUUUCAGAUGAAUUGAAUCGCCAUGCAGUCAAUUAUUGGCCACUUGCGGUUGAUGUCUCCAGAAAAUACAGCAUGGAAAAAAUGGCAAGUUAUUCGCGGAACAGGACAUACGGGCCACAAACAAUACCUGCUGCUGAGAUCUUCUACCCUUGCAUGCAGGUUGCUGCUAUAGUAUGCCAGAAGGCUGACAUAUGGCUCUUCAGCAUGGAUCAGCGAGACAUUGUCAUGCUAGCGAGGGAUUACGCUGAAGACAUAAAUAGGGAAACGAAACCAGCUAUCAUACUGCAUAAUAAGUUACCUCUUUUACCAGAAGAUCCUGACAUGAACUUGCUGAGAUAUACAGCACGGACUCUCUUCAUGGAUGAUGCGGAGGCGGCUUCUAAUCGGAAAAUAAAAAUGGCUUUCUGCCCACCUAAAGUAACAGUUUGCAACGAAUUUCUGGAGUAUAUCAAAUAUGUUAUAUUCCCUUGGUUUGGAAAAUUGGAGCUAGUUGAGAAGAAAGGGAAUGGUAGUAACAAGACAUAUGCAAGCAUGGAAGAUUUUGUUGUUGACUAUGAAAGUGGCAAUCUCAAUUCUGAGGAUGUUAAGCUGGCUUUUAGAAAAGGAAUAAACAACAUAUUAAAGCCUGUCCGGGUCCACUUCAUUAGCAACACUGAAGCCCAAACUCUAUAUUUUGCCCGGAAGUUACAGGAUAAAAUUGCUGCAGAUACACUGAAGAUUAUGCUGCAGAACCGGGAGAUUGACAGUCCUUGGUACAUGGUAGAUGAAUCCGAGGAGCGGAGCAAAUUUGGGUAAAGCCUUCAGUGAAUUGCUGCUUAUAAAAGUGCAAUUAAUCUUGAAGAAGACAAGCCCACUGAUUUUUUUGGAUUGCUAUGCCCCUGCGGAGGAGGAAAUAUUAGAUGGCAGAGGAGAAAUAAAGGCUUAAUAAUAACCCACCCUCGUGAGAAUUAUUAGACAGGCUGCUUAGUUGUCCCGUGGGAUGGUUCUCCUUUCUCUGUGUACAUUGUGCUACAUUGUUUAUAUAUUUAAGGCAGUGUGUCUAGGUUUCAUGUAAGUUAAGUUGUUUUAUUUUAAUUCUCUUUUGGUGCUGUUGGACAUCUGGAUUGGUGUAAUGGGUCUGGACGUGAGAACGAAAAUGCACAUUCUUCAGGGCUGGAUGCAAAUUAGCCCAUCGGGAA